AUAUAAUUAUAAAAGGAAGGAUUUGGAGAAAUGUGAUGAGGGGUUGUUUAUAAAAUAUUGAAAGGAACAAACAUAAGAAAAUAAGUAGACUUACAAAACGCACAUGGCUUCUUGAGUUUGGUCUCCACAUAUUUUUUGUUUUUUAAAAUAUUUUUUUGGUUUUUAGAGGUUUUUUCUCUUUGCAUUCACAUGGUCUCCUUUAACAUUCUUCAUAAAGGUCCAAAGGCUGGGAGUAUUAUUUUUAUCAUUGACUGAGCACUUUCAAGAGAUUCUUUCAGAUCUACAGUGAAAGUAAAAGGUUGGGAGCUCAGAAAAUUUUCAACCAACUUUCUUCUUCUUCUUCUUCUUCUUCUUCUGGUUCAAUAGAAAGUUUCAAGAAUUCUUGAAAACAAAGAAAGCCCUUUUAAGCAGUUCAGCAAAAGGAUCUCGAAUAGAACAAUUUCUCAUUCUCUUUAUAGCUCUCCGUGUUGAGGAUCUUAAUUGAAAAUUCAGUUAAGUUAAGCUCAGAUGCGAGAAUUGUAUUCUCAGAGUAAAGUUUAGCAGUAGUUUGACUUUCUGGUUGUAACAUAGAAUAAGUCUAAAAUGGUUUGCGAGAUGGAAAGUGAUCAAGCAGAGGACAUAGACAUGGAAGUGGAAAUGCUUUCGUCGAUGUGGCCUGAAGAUAUGAAUGAAGCUGGAAAACGAUUCAAUAUAGAUAAUCCAGGAUUAGAUCAAGAUAUGUUGGAGGAGGUUACUAUCAAUGAGGAUUCCACAAUAGUUGAUUUCAUGCGCCUUUCGGAACUUACUAAUUAUAGCGAAAAAGGGUCAUCUCAGCUGGCCUACUUGGUAAAGAACUGGGAAUAUAAACAGGAAAAUGCCGUAAGGCUACUCAGAGAAGAGCUUGAUAGUCUUAGCAAGCAACAACAAGAAUCAGAGCUCAAGAAAUUGGAGAUAUUGGAGAAGUAUCAAUUCGAGGAGGAAACAUAUGGCGGUGAUAAGCGUCCAAUCUCUAUAUUGGAUGAAGAAUUGAAGAGAUACAUAUUCCAUGAGGUUCCUAGGAAAAGGAAUGAUGUGAGAGUUCAAGACAAACUAGAAAUAGAUGCUGAGUAUGACAGCAUAAAGUACUGGAAGCAGAGAGCUGAACAUUUGGGGAAGUUGUUGGAAGCGAGCGUUCAAAGGGAGCAGACACUACUUGAGAAAUUGCAGGAAAGCAUAGAAAAACUUGAAAGGCAGUCCUCUCCAGUGGAAGAAUUAUCUCAGGUUCUAAAAAGAGCAGAUAAUUUCUUACACUUUGUCCUCCAGAAUGCACCGGUUGUCAUAGGCCACCAGGAUAAAGAGUUGCGUUAUCGUUUUAUCUACAAUCAUUUCCCAAGUUUGCGCGAAGAGGACAUCAUAGGGAAAACAGAUGUAGAGAUUUUUACUGGUGCUGGUGUAAAGGAAUCUCAAGACUUCAAAAGAGAGGUUUUGGAGCGAGGAAUACCGGCAAAGAGGGAAAUUACAUUCGAUACGGGACUAUUUGGGUCAAAGACCUUUCUAAUAUAUGUUGAACCUGUGUUCAGUAAGGCAGGAGAGACCAUUGGUGUAAAUUAUAUGGGAAUGGAGAUAACUGAUCAAGUAAGGAAAAGAGAAAGAAUGGCAAAGCUACGAGAAGAGAUAGCUGUACGGAAGGCCAAGGAGACAGAACUUAACAAAACUAUUCACAUAACAGAGGAGACGAUGCGAGCAAAACAAAUGCUUGCAACCAUGUCUCAUGAGAUUAGAUCUCCUUUGUCAGGAGUAGUCAGCAUGACCGAGAUUCUUUCUAACACAAAACUGGACAAAGAACAACGUCAGCUUGUGAAUGUAAUGUUAUCUUCAGGAGACUUGGUUCUUCAACUAAUAAAUGAUAUCCUUGAUCUUUCCAAAGUUGAAUCAGGAGUAAUGAAGUUGGAAGCCACAAAAUUCCGACCAAGGGAGGUUGUAAAGCAUGUCUUGCAAACUGCAGCAGCAUCACUACAGAAAAUGCUAACUUUGGAAGGACAUGUCUCUGAAGAUGUUCCUAUUGAGGUUAUCGGGGAUGUACUAAGAAUUCGCCAGAUUCUCACGAACUUGAUCAGCAACGCUAUAAAAUUUACUCAUGAAGGGAAGGUUGGUAUAAAGUUGUAUGUGGUUGCCGAGCCAUCUCCUCUUGUGAAACAAGGAUCCCAUAAGAGGAUGGCUUCUGAUAAUUCAAAGGUUUCAGCAAAGAUAUGGAAGGAGGAUAACUGUACAUCGCCAUCUCACAACGCCCUUGUUCGGAAAGGCUCUGGUGGAUGCAAAGAUGCUGAUGGUGCGAAUGAAAGUCGGAUGCUCAAUGGGGGGUGCAAUUAUUCAGAACAAAAUGGAGCUCCAACUGAAGAUGAAGUGGUUGAUUCUGACCAGCAGGAAACAACUGUGUGGAUACGUUGUGAUGUUUACGACACUGGGAUUGGAAUACCAGAAAAUGCAAUACCCACUCUAUUCAAGAAAUAUAUGCAAGUUGGAGCAGAUACUGCUCGGAAGUAUGGUGGGACAGGACUAGGAUUGGCAAUAUGCAAACAACUGGCUGAGCUUAUGGGAGGUCAUAUGACUGUAUCCAGCAAAGAGCACCAUGGAUCUACCUUUACAUUUAUUUUACCUUACAAGGUUUCGCCUGUGUGUGAUAAUUUGGAUGACAAUGAAGAACUCUCUGAAAUAGACAAUCAUGAUACUGCUUCCGAAGAAAAUGAUGAUGAUAUAAAUUCUGGCUUUUUCCAAUUCCAACCGCGCACUUUAGGCUCUUUGUUUUCUUCCCACAGUUCUGGAAGAGGCACAAAACUAUCAGCAAACGGUUUUGGGUUUAACACUUCGAAUAAGAGUAACGGGUUGCCAGUGAACUCCUAUUCUUUCCCUUCCAAUAGCAAUACAUCAAAAGAGACAGGUUCAGUAGAAGAUGCAUGUUCAGUAGCUGAUGCUGUUGAGACAUCUUCCGAGCCUGAGUCUUCGUUGAGACAUACCCGAAAUUCUGGCAACCCAAGCACGUCCGGUAGAGAGCAAACGAGUAAUGGUGUUGUAGAUCAUCACUUCCAUACCCCUUGUUUAACGUCCACUGGUGCAAACGGAGAUCAAGGUGAAAUUACAGAGAAAAUAGAAAAAAGUCAGCUGCAGGAACAACCUGAUAGAAGUUCUGAGUGCUCUUCUAGCAAUGCUGCAAAGACUUUAAAAACCUCAGCAAAACCCAAGAUCCUCCUUGUAGAAGACAACAAAAUACUUGUGAUGGUAACACGGUCGAUGAUGAAGCAGUUGGGUCAUGACAUAGAUAUAGUGAAUAAUGGAGUAGAAGCUGUGCGUGCUGUUCAACGCGACAGCUAUGACCUCAUUCUAAUGGAUGUGUGCAUGCCAGUCAUGGAUGGUCUUCAAGCCACAAGAUUGAUACGAUCAUUUGAGGAAUCUGGUAGCUGGGAUGCAGCAAAGGAUGCUGGCAUUGAUGAAGAGGUGUCUCCUUCACAAGGAAGUGAUGAAUCCUCCAGGAAGCGGAUUCCUGUCAUUGCAAUGACAGCCAAUGCAUUAUCAGAAAGUGCAGAAGAGUGUUAUGCAAAUGGUAUGGACUCUUUUGUAUCAAAGCCAGUUACAUUCCAAAAGUUAAAAGAGUGUCUUCAAGAGUAUCUGCCAUGACAUCUUUCCUCCUUGUAAAUGUAUGCAAACUGUACAGGAAAAGAACAAAAAAGAAAAAAAAAAUGAAUGUGUUAGGAAAUUUUGUAAAAGUUGCUGUGCAACUAGUUAUCUUGUUCAGAAUGAUCAAUGUACAUUAAUAGUCGGCCUUUUGUUCCUCUACUAGUCCUCAUAGCGGCCAUCUGAUGUGGACUUUAACAAAAAUGGGAAGGUUUUUUAUGAAUUCCAUUGAAGAGGGAAUAAAUGAUGUAUCAUUACACUGACAGUGUAUAUUACACCCCA